AUGGCAUUCUUCUUAAGCGCCAAGUGGGCAUGGGUUGCCCUGCAAUUUGUUCUUAAGAGGCGAGAGGAACUCCAGAAAAUGCGGAAAAGAGGCAUUGUGGUGGUCAUCAUAGGCGGCACCACUGGACUCGACAUGGCCAUUGUGCACAGCGUCUGUUCCCGUCUCACCCAAAUUGAAACCUACGGAGUUCACAGCGUUAUCAUAACAACGAAGAACGAAACUGAAGGAGUCACGAGCCUGGAGCUGCUGCGUCACCCGACAGUUCGCGUAGGAUACCAUCAACUCGAUGCGUCCAACAAGGAAAGCCUGAUGGCCUUCUGCCAGCAUUUCAAGGAGCAGUUCGAAAGCAUCGAUAUCCUGAUCAACAAUGCAGGCAUGCUUCCCUCAGCCGCUGAAUUGGGCUGCAAGGGCGACACAGAGACAGUAAUGAACGUAAACUACUACGAUGCCAAACUGGUGACAUUCACACUGCUUCCCCUCAUGGCUCCCGGCGGCCGCAUUAUCGUUGCGGCAUCAGGCCUUGCUGAGCUCGCUAUUCGCUGGAUGAACAAUGAGACGUUCACGAAGCUCUUCAGCGAAACUUCCACAGAAGAUGAUAUUGACGGUGUUGCUGGCGGUUUUGUUAAGGAAAUUUGUGAUUCAAGUGCAGGGGGCAAGCGCGUGCAUGAUGCACUGGCCUACCCCUUUGCUCAGGCUUCGCGAAUCGCGCUGACUCAGUAUCUGGGAAAUCAGCUGAAGUGGAGCUCACGAGAUCCUGCAAUGCGCGUUACGGCCUGUUCUUUUACUCCGGGCUGGUGCCGGACUCCGUCUGGCAGCAACAGGGCUCCCUUCUCAGCUGCUGAAGGGGCAGAGGAAGCAGUCUACGCUGCCUUCGACGCAGACGCAGAGACAAUCCAGGGUUCAUUUCUCAUAGGACGGAAACCCGCAAGAUUUGGAGAUGGACACGCAGUAGCAGUAACUGGAAAUUCUGGGGAAGCACACACUGCAGCCGGGCGAAAAACAAACGACGACACAUACAAAUUUGCAACGGGGAAAAUUGCAACAGCACUCGCUCUAGUUGCCCGGGUGGUCCGUUAG